UCAUACAACCACCUGAAAGUAAUCAAACGUCAAUAUUUCUGGAAAACAAUUCGACUGAAGUUAUUAGAUUUCAGCAAAAACAAAAUUGAAAUGAUAGAGGACGGUGCUUUUGAAAAGCUUCCAAAUCUUCAGAAUUUACGUCUAAACAGUAAUAAGAUUAGAGCGAUAAGCAAUGACACUUUCCGCAUGGUUUCAGGAUUGGAAAAAUUAGAAUUGCAAGAUAAUGCCAUUCAAACAAUAGGGAAACUUGCUCUACGGGAUCUACAAAAUCUACGAAUGUUGUCAAUGAGCAAAAAUGAAUUGGAGACCCUUCCAACAGGACUUUUUAAUGGAUUGGAUUUAAUAGAAGAAAUAUAUCUAUCUAGUAAUAAACUUGCUGAAAUCCAGAAGGGAACUUUUAAGAAUUUAUCAAAAGUGAAAUACAUUGUACUCAAUAAAAACUUAGUGAAUAGAGUUGAAAGUCAUGCAUUUGAGUCUCUUCCUGCUUUAGAGAGAGUAUACCUAGACGCGAACAAUAUAAAAGAAAUGCAGAAAAACUGUUUUGGUAAUGGAACGAAACUUGAUCGUUUGUAUCUGGGUUCCAAUCCCUUGAUAUGUGACUGUGGAAUGAAGUGGUUAAUGGACUACGUGAAAACCCAUCACACCUCGCUAGAACUAGAGAGCAGGGAAGGAAGUCGUGUCGAUGUGCUUUGUGACAAACCAGAUACACUUAAAGGGAGACGUGUUCUGGAUCUUCCUGAGAACAGUUUUUACUGUGAAUGUCGAAUUCCUGGAAUCAUGUACAGCGGGACAGAAAACAAAACAAUGAAAGGUUUAGGAUGUCAAUAUUGGUCAGAUCAGAAACCACACAGACAUGACUAUGACAUGCUUGGUAUGAACCAAUCAAACUACUGCAGAAAUUUUGACCGUGACAGAGCAUGGUGCCUGACCAAUCAAACAGAUGUAUUGUGGGAUUACUGCUAUGUCCCGGUUUGUGUGAAAUUGAUAAUUUGGUCCGUGAUGCGCCUUGUUAACAAUGGAAUAGCUGCCAUUACAGAUACAAACAAAUCAGUAUGUUAUACUAGCGACAAAAGGAGGUUCCUAAGUGCCAUACAAACUAAACUAGAGGGAAUGAGAGAUGGAGAUCACCAGAAGCACCGCAAAGAAGAUAGAGAUGUUUAUACUUACAAAUUUACACUAUGCAAAAUAAUUUCCAAAGACAAAAAAGAGUUACCCAACAGAAGGAGUUAUCUUAAUAAUAGACAGUCCCACGUUUACCACGAAAUCGUUGACUUUGACCAGAGCCUGAAGAUGCCAUAUGAAAUAGAGGAAAAGAAAGAGAGGGAAGGUCAUUCUUAUGUCACUCUUCAGCAGAAGGAAAGUGGUCCCAAUGAGACGCCUACAAUGGUAGAUGCCAGUCACAAUCGGUUGUCGGUCUUGUAUAUAAAUACCGCCCAUUCGGAGCAAUAUGAUAAGUCGUCAAAGAGUAAAGACACAUCACUAAAAGAAACAAGUAUGUUCUUCAAAAUCACUUAUUAA